UUUUCUUCCUGUUUUAAUUGUCCCUUUAUAAACACGUCACAUGCGCCCGGAGCACCAAAGGCGAUGCAUGUCCUCACAAGCGUUCAAAAUUUAGGAUUACUCGUGUGAAGGAAAAGCCACUAUGAUGCUUUAUAAAGGAUUUCUCCUUUUCCUGCUGGCUGCUCCUGGAGACGUUGCUUCAUUAUCUUGUUAUUCGUGUAACAACGUUGACAAUUUAGACAGUUGUAAAACUAAAACAACAUGCGAGGAAAGACAGUCAUGUUUCACACGUUUAGAAAAUAAAGGACAAUCUGCAUCAUUCACACUUGGGUGUAUACGAAAUGAGUAUUGCAGUAGCAUACCAGUAUACACUAACGUGUCAAAGUUGAGCAAUGGUCAACUGAUACAAGAUUGUGAAGAAUGCUGUGGUGUUGAUAAAUGUAACAAAGACCUAUGCAACUACAAAACACCUCCCCCUUGCAGCGAUAAGACAGAAAACUGUGCAUUCUGGAACAAAGGUUUCGGCAUCUGUGCAGAUAUCCAUCAAGCCAAGUUAGUUUGUCGUAAAUUCUGCAAACUGUGUGAUCUAGUUGACGGUAACUGGGCCGACUGGUCAUCGUGGUCAUCAUGUGACGUCACAUGCGGUCAUGGAAAACACACACGAAUCAGAACGUGUACUAACCCUGCACCUGCAUACAAAGGUCUUGAUUGUAACGGAACUAAGUCAGAAUUUAAAGCGUGUACUCGGCCAUUAUGUCCAGUUCAUGGGGGCUGGGCGGCAUGGUCAAGUUGGGAGUCAUGCCCUGUAACUUGCGAUAUAGGUAUACAGAAGAGACAUCGUUCAUGUACAAAUCCGUCUCCUCUAAGGCAUGGCACCCAUUGCUUCGGGGAUACAAUGGAUGUCAGACUGUGCAAGCAAAACCCAUGUGAUGAAUCAAACUCAACUGUUGCAUUUAACGCCUACUUUGUAACGGACUGCAGUCCAAGAGCUGGCCAGACUAUGAUUUUUUCUAACAUACAUAUGAAUGAAGGAGGAGCAUACAACCCGUCCACUGGUGUCUUUGUUGCCCCUAAAGAUGGAACAUAUACCUUUUACGCACAAAUAUGUAUUUAUAGUAAAACAAGAAUUCACUAUGAUAUAAUGGUAGGAUCAAAGGUUUAUGGGACCGCCUACGGAGUUGAUUACAAUUAUGGUAACUGCUACUCGACACAAGCAAUUGCACAAAUGAAAUCAGGUGACAAAGCCUUUGUGCAAUGGAAAUCAUAUACAUAUACUUCUAAUGUUGUUCCACAAAGUAUAUACUACAGAAAUUCUUUCUCUGGAAAAUAUUCAAAUCCCUAAUUGUUAUACCAAACGAAAUUAUUUCUCAAGAAUUAUAUUUCAUAAAAGAAAGGAAAUGUAAAUCAUCUAUUUUAAAAACUUUAAAAACUUAUUGACUUAUAAACAAAAAAAUAAAACUAUUGAAGAAGUGAAUAUAUCAUUUAAAGAAUAUUUGUUGGCUUAAACUACAUGAAUUAUGUCACACACUUUCACAAUUUAGCGCUUUCAAAUUUAGUUCAAAUAAUAAUUGAUAACAAUUUAUUUCUCCGUUACCUUAAUAUAAAUAGAAAGGAGGUAUAAUUGAGUAUUUAUUUACCAUUUGAUUGUCAAAUAUAUUUCAUUCACAUGUUUGUAUGUCAUACUUACUUGGACGUAGUGCAGAAAACUUUUUCUAUUGUAUUUAAAUUCAAAAUGUUAAUAAUCAUUUUUUUCUUAUUAUAUCCAUGUCUACGUAAUGGAUGCAAGUAUGUAAACGCACGAUUAUUGUACGAAGUUUUAGGGACAUUAGAAAAGUUGCAUUUGAUAUGCAACAAACAUGUUUUUGGUAACAAAUCUAAAUAAUAAUGCACAUUGUAUAUUAUUGGACGAGUCGCCAGUAAUGCAAAACGGAGAUAAAUGUGAUUUUUAUUUGUAUUAAAGUUUUUUAUUGCAUGGAUUAAGAAAGGAAAAUUAUUUGAUAACUAGGCUAUUUAAAGAUCAAUUUCAACAUGACUUAAAAUCAUUUUUAUUUGUGCUUAAAGCUGAUAAUAAUGAGUUGUCAUAUUUCUGACUAGUUACUGCAUUGUGUUUUAAAUGAAACAUAUUCCUUAUUUUUUUUAAAUUAAAUUCAAAUUCACAAUAAAUGAAUAAAUGCUUUUCUUAUUUAAUAGUUGAGACCUAUUAUUUGAAAAUUAUAAUUGGAUUAAAGAUUAAUUGCAAAAUAGCAUAACACCAUUGUUUCGAAUAUAAAAUAUACAUUAUAUAAUCUUAAAUUAAGUGCACACAAAAACAGUUAAGACAAAUCUAUAGCAGAACAAACAAAAAAAUCGAAUAAAGUAAUUUCAAUAAGAUUAGUACUUUUGUCAUAAAAAUUGAUAAAAUAAUAUGAAAAAGUCCACUUUUCUUUUUCUUAUGUUUGUUUAUUAUGUACAUUUAAUUUAUUCUUUACACUAGUGUAUAUAUGUAGAAUUAGUUUAAAGUCUGGUGAGUUCACAUUUUUAUUACUGCAAUGUUAUUUUGUAUGACUUUGUUCUCCAAAUAAUUCAAAACAUGUGUGCAAAGUUAAUUCUAAAACGUCAGAAAUUUGAUAGUUCUAAACAGACAUUGUACGAUUUGCAUUGGUUACCUUUUAAAGCAAGAAUAAAUCAGAAAAUUGUAACAUUUAUGUACAAGUGUUCUGUAGGCAGCGCACCGAUAAACCUGGCUAAACAUUUAAGUCGACAGUUUCCCGAGCGACAGGGUCUCAGAUCAGCUGUUUUUACAAAGUGCCUUUCAUUGAAAGAAAAACAUUCAGUGAAAGAAGUUUUUAAACUAAAUACCAACUUUUUCAGUAACUUAUACUCACUGUUUUAAUUUAUUUAUGUGCUUUAACAAUAUGCCAUAAUCUAGCAGAAUUGUUAUUGUAAAUUUCCAGUAAUUUCUACAUUUUGGUCUAAUAUUUUAAAAUAACUUAUAUGUUUUAUAAAAACUAUUAAAUUUUUAAAUGACUGUGUACGAACUAAUCAUAUUCUUUCAUGUUAUAUUUUUAUUCUUUUUUAUUCUCUGUAAUUUAGCAGUUUUUAUUCAUUCAUGUUAAAACAGUAUCAUAAUGGAAUUUUAGUUUAAAUUGUAUUUUAUGUUAUUGUAAAACGCCGUUGAAUAAUGUUUAAUUGUAAAUAAUAGGCGUUAAACCAAAUAAACCAAUUUCAGUUUCAGUAGUAAAUCAAAUAAACAAGUUUCUGUAAUUUUAUUUAUAAUCUUUUUUUAUAAUUUACAUCUAAUAUCAAUAAACAUGUAUAUCACCUAUAAAUAUAUCCACUUACAAAGAUCACUUUUUGGGUUUAUAUAGUUUGCUUGUUUUAGAUUGAUUUAUAAAUAAAUAUAGUUAUCACAAUGUCAUUUGCAAGAGUAACUUGUUGGCAACAAAACGGUGUUGGUGCGACAUCCGCCUAUCCCAAUUAAUAUAUAUAUUAACUGCGAUAAGUUUCACAAGAAGAAAAUAUUUUAUUCAAUCAUACGUGAACAAGUGAUAAUUAUGUAAAACUAGAAUAAAAACCAGCUUACUUAUGCAUUUGAGAUAAGAAAGAAAUGCCUAAAAUUGUAAUAAUGUUGUUUUUGAUAUUGAGUAUGUAAAAUGUUAUGUAAAAGAAUGCAUCGAAAUUUGUUAAAUUGCUGUAUACGAGAAUACACAUAAUUUCAUACAGUGCAAUUUCAGCAAAUUUGCAUUCUGUAGAGCAAUAUCCUCUUUACACUGGUAUCAAUUAUUCUCAAUAUAUGACUUGAAAAUAAAUUUCAACUAUACAGAGAACAGUCUUAAAAAGGCCAACAAAAUUUUGAUUGCCAAAUAUGGUUUUGUUUCUUAGAAAAUUUUGACGGUGUUGUGGUUGUAUUUUGUCAUGUGUGUUGUCAAACAGUUUAUAAGUUUUGUUUUUGUUUCAAUCUAGUUGACAGUAAAAUAAUUCAAAUAUUCAGCGCUUAUAUUAGAUACUUUGUAUCUAAUUGUAGUAAUAUAUUUUGUUAAUUUAAUAACUUUUUAUGUGGGUUAAUAAAAAUGAUAACAA